GCCGUGCGGCGGAGCCAUGGCGGGCCCGGGGCUGGUGGCGGGGGACGUGGUGGUGGACGCGCUGCCGUACUUCGACCAGGGCUACGAGGCGCCGGGCGUGCGUGAGGCGGCCGCGGCGCUGGUGGAGGAGGAGACGCGGCGCUACCGGCCGACCAAGAACUACCUCAGCUACCUGCCGGCACACGACUACAGCGCCUUCGAGACCGAGAUCAUGCGGAACGAGUUCGAGCGCUUGGCCGCCCGGCAGCCGCUGGAGCUGCUCAGCAUGAAGAGGUACGAGCUGCCGGCCCCGUCCUCCGGCCAGAAGAACGAUAUCACGGCGUGGCAGGAGUGCGUGAACAACUCCAUGGCGCAGCUGGAGCAUCAGGCGGUCCGCAUCGAGAACCUGGAGCUCAUGUCGCAGCACGGCUGUAACGCCUGGAAGGUGUACAACGAACACCUGGUUCAUAUGAUAGAACAAGCCCAGAAAGAGCUUCAGAAGUUGAGGAAAAACAUUCAAGAUCUGAACUGGCAGCGGAAGAACAUGCAGCUCACAGCUGGGGCCAAGCUACGCGAGAUGGAAUCUACAUGGGUCUCUCUUGUCAGUAAGAAUUAUGAGAUUGAAAGAACUAUUGUGCAGCUCGAAAAUGAAAUUUCCCAGAUCAAACAGCAGCACGGGGAAGCAAACAAAGAGAACAUCCAGCAGGACUUCCAGUGAUGAGAUCUUGGGGUCUUACUGCAGCAUGCUUCAAAAAAACCAGCCCAACCACCAGCUUUGGAGGUGGCUGUGUGUUUGUAGACACCUCUACUUGCAGUUGUGCAAGGUAUUUUUGUUGCUUCUUUACCUUGUUUGAAGUUCUAGGAGGAGGCAGAGUAGACCCAAGAUGUCUUGUUCAACUGCAGUGGGCACUGUGAAUUGUUUCACUUUUUGUAUCUCUGAAGUAGGAGCUCUUAUAAUAACUGCUCCAGGUUGUUUUAUUCAUUUCCCCCUUUAAUAAAUGUUGUUUUUCUGUC